UUAGAAACUGGUAAUCUUUGUUGACAAAUCUAGUUUUCUUGAGCAAAGCUUCCCAAUUUUACAAACCGGAAAUGGAUUUGCUUUGCGUGUAAUAGUUGAAUCGAAAACGGAUUAGGCAUUUCCAUUUUUUUUGGCGCCAUUUUUCAUUUGUUUAUGAGGAAAAACCCAUGGACAGUGUCACAGGAUCAAUGAAGAAUUGUACUUUGUCGGAUAAAGAAAGCAGUAAUAGUAAAAAAAGGAAAGAUUAUCUUGAGUGGCCAGACUAUUUUAUGGCAAUAGCAUUUCUGUCAGCUCAAAGAAGCAAAGACCCUAGGACUCAGGUUGGAGCAUGCAUUGUGAAUGAAGAGAAGAAAAUAGUAGGUAUUGGUUAUAAUGGAAUGCCAGUGGGUUGUCAUGACGACGUAAUGCCAUGGGGACGGGAAGCUGACAAUAUACUGGACACAAAACAAUUUUAUGUGUGCCAUGCUGAACUCAAUGCAGUUCUGAACAAAAACUCGUCUGAUGUAAAGAAUUGCAGCAUCUAUGUGGCCCUGUUUCCUUGUAACGAGUGUGCGAAGGUCGUAAUACAGUCGGGAAUUAAAGAGGUGAUUUAUUACUCAGACAAAUAUCACGAGAAACCAGAGUUUGUGGCAUCACGAAGAAUGCUAGACAUGGCAGGUGUUAAGUACAGACAACACAUUCCAAAGAAGAAGCAGGUUACGAUAGACUUCACCGCCAUUGAUGCCAUGACAGGAAAGAGUGUGGAUGAAGUUUUAAAUGGGGACCACACCCACAAAUAAGAGCCACACCCACAAAUGGAGACCACGUGGUGCUACUGUAACUUUUCUCAAACCAAGGCUAAAUUGUGGAUAAACUGACAGUGCUUUCAUUACAUGUGCUUAAUAAUUCAGACUUUUGUGAGUUCAUUGUGUCUGUAUGUUGCGAGUUCCGUCUUUAAAUAGUCUGUUUUCUACAGAACUAGUGAAUCAGAGACACCUAGUCUGAAUGGUGCCCAGUUGGCAAGUUAUAUUAGAUAUUCCAAAUUUGAUCUGCUAUUUAUGUUCUUAAGAAUUUGUGAUAAACUUUAUUCAAAAACCAAAGCCCUUUAUCAUUCUUUCUGUUUAUAUAAAACAAUAUAUUUUAUGCACCUACUUCAAUUAUGA